GAGGGGCCAGGCUGCCCCUGGAGCAGGGCCCCCUGGUGCAAAUCUGGGAGAUGUCCCUUCCUGGCUUCUUCACCCUGACCAGGCCUCCUUCCGUCUUCCUCCUGAGCAGACAAUGGCAAGCAUGGCUGCACUUCUGGCCUGGGCCCUGGUUCUGCUCCCAGCAUUUGCAAGUGCUCAGACACAGAAAGGCUUCUGGGACUACUUGAGCCAGAGCAGCAGGGACAAAGGCAAGGAGGAGCAGCUCCAGCGGCAGAAGCUGGCAUGGGAACCCACGAGCCUGAAAGACAGCCUUGAGCAAGAUCUCAGCAAUAUAGACAAGCUCCUGGAAACGCUGGGCCCCCUGCGCGGGCAGGCGAGGGAGCCCCCCGCGCGGCGCCUGGACGCGGCGGCCGUGCGGCAGCAGCUGCAGGAGCAGCUGGCGGAGGUGAGGGCGCGCCUGGAGCCCCACAUGGCAGAGGCGCACGAGCAGGUGCGCCGGAACCUGGAGGCCUUGCGGCGGCGGCUGCAGCCCUACGCGGCGGACCCGCACGCCGCCGCCAGCCCCGCGCGCCUCCGCCGCUGCGUACAGACGCUCUCGCACAAGCUCACGCUCAAGGCCGAGGCGCUGCACGCGCGCAUCCAGCGCAACCUGGACCAGCUGCGGGAGGAGCUCAGCGCCUUUGACGGCGCCCGCGCCGAUGGCGCGGUCGAAGGGACCAGCCGGGACCCCCAGGGGCUGUCCCAGGAGGUGCACCAGCGACUCCAGGCUUUCCGCCACAACACCUUCCUGCAGAUCGCCGACUUCACCCGCGCCAUUGACCGUGAGACCGAGGAGGUCCAGCUGCAGCUGGCGCCGCCCCCUCCAGGUCACAGUGCCUUUGCCCCAGAGCUUCUUCAAGCUGACAGUGGCAAAGCCCUGAGCAAGCUGCAGGCCCGUCUCGAAGACCUGUGGGAAGACAUCAAUUACAGCCUUCAUGACCAUGAUCUCAGCCAUCAAGAGGAGCCCUGAGGGUCCACUUGUCCAGGCCCACUUCCAGGCUUCUUGUCUGAGCCCAGGAUCUGAGCCCACCCCCAGGCUUGGCUCAGUCCUUGACAGUGGCCUGUCAGGGAGAGGGUGGAGGGCCCUGCACAGGAUAGGCGCGGCCACCAUAGGGACUCUUGUCCCUGGAAUAGCCAGCGUCCUGAGAUUCCCCCAUCCGGACGCAUUACACUCACCAGGCUUUGCAAACCCAGCUUCCCGUGUUCAUUUGGGAAUCCUCACAAGUUGCUCCAUUCCGGGAUGGUGGGAGUGGGGAGGGAGAGAGGCGGUCUGUGUGCAGGUAAUUAAGUGCAAGCCUGUUGCCAUGGUGCUGGAACCUGUACCUCUUCUUCCUGGGACUUGACUCUGAUCCCUUCUGGCCACCUGGUGGCCGCUGCUACAGCGGGUCUACAGAGAGGAGCUCUUUUCUCUCCAGGGCUGCCAGGGCAGCUUCUGCUGGGGGAAGCGAAGGGAGAAGGGAAGAAAGUGUGAUGAGAGCAUAGGAAGGUGUGUGCCCCUGCUGGGUCUGAUGCCGGUGGGCACAGGUGGUGGGGGCUGUGGUGCGAGGGAGCAGUCUGUGCUUCCUUACACGGCUCUACAUGGAAACAUCGGACCAAAUCCUCCAGACUGUGCGGGCUUCUUUCACCCAUGGGGACGCCUACUCGGCAUCCUCUCCAUCUGGGACCCCUCACUUCUGACUCCCAGGCUGAAGCCUGGACUUCUGACUCCAAUGAAAAUAGAGGCAUAUGGUGGAUGCACA